AUGUUUCGUUUAUUGAAGAAAGGAGUUCAGUUCAAGUGGGAUGAUAAGUGUCAGCAAGCUUUCGAAGCAGUUCGGAGUUACCUUCAGAAUCCACCAGUCCUAAUGCCUCCAGUGCAAGAAAAACCUUUAAUCUUGUACCUUUCUAUAACAUCGGCAAUGGGUAGCAUGUUGGCUCAAGAAAGAGAGGAUAGGAUUGAAAAGGCUAUCUAUUACAUAAGCAAAAGAAUGACAGGAUGUGAAGAACAUUACAUGUCUUUAGAGAAAACAUGUUGGGCUCUCGUAUGGGCCACCAAAAAGUUGAGGCACUACAUGCUAGCUCAUUCGAAGCCAGCACUUACCGGUAAGGUAGCACAUUGUUUACUCUUGCUUUCCGAGUUUGAUAUCAGAUAUGUCACACGAAAGUUGGUAAAAGGGAGAGCGGUAGCGGAAUUCCUGGCAGAUCACCCUGUGGAAGGACCGGAAGAUGUGGAAUUUAGGUUUCCAGAUGAGAAUGUGAUGGCAACAACCAACGAUGUUUGGACAUUGCAUUUUGACGGGGCAGCCAAUCAAAGCGGAUUUGGAAUUGGAGUAUUGUUGAUUUCGCCCGAUGAAUCGCAUAUUCCGUUAGCCUUUAAGCUAAAUUUUGAAGUUACUAACAAUCAGGCUGAGUAUGAGGCUUGUAUUGUGGGAAUGGAAGCCGCAUUGGAAAUCGGGGUGCAGAAGCUACAAGUAAUCGGAGACUCUAAUUUAGUGGUGUCACAAGCUAAUGGCGAUUGGAAAGUUAGAGAAGACAAGCUUAAACCAUAUUACGAGAACCUUGAAGGUUUAAUUCCACAAUUCAGUAACCUUUACUCAUGUACCGAGCUUAAAGAACCGGUUUGCCGAUGCUAUUGCCACUCUAGCAUCCAUGGUAGAAAUACCAAUUGGGGUUAA